UCAGAGUGUGCGUGUGACACACUGUCGAAGCCAAAAUGUCUUCUGGGAGAGACCAUGCAGGUGGACAGGGCUUUCCUAACAGACCCAACUAACCAGUGUUCCUGUAAGAGAUUUAACUGUGUGCGUGAGGCGGUGUGUGUGGACGGGGAGCGGGGUGUUAUGCGUCCGGGACAGACCCUCGUGGAUCACAGUGAGGAGGGGAUGUGUCUCACCACCCAGUGUAGCCACAGUCUGGAUCCCACCACGGGCUUCCACCACCUCCGCACCGCCACCACCAACUGCUCUGCUCAGUGCCAACCGAACCAGAUAUACAUCCCUCCCAAAGACCAGACGAUGUGCUGUGGUGUCUGCAAGAACAUCUCCUGUCUCUACCACAAUGACAACGGUACUACACUCCUCUACAAGCCUGGGAAGUCGUGGGUGUCAGACUGUAUGAAGUAUGACUGUAUCGACACACUGUCUGGCCCUACCCUGGUGUCCUACUCAUUCAGCUGUCCACCCUUUAACCAGACAGAGUGUAUGAAGAUUGGUGGAACCAUUGUAAGUUACAUGGAUGGAUGCUGCAAGACAUGUAAAGAAGAUGGGAAGUCCUGUCAGAAGGUGACAGUAAGGAUGACGAUACGGAAGAACGACUGUCGCAGUAACAGACCGGUCAACAUAGUGUCAUGUGACGGGAAGUGUCCGUCGGCCAGUAUUUACAACUACAACAUCAACACGUACGCCAGGUUCUGUAAGUGCUGCCGUGAGAUGGGGCUGCAGAGGCGCUCCGUGCAGCUCUACUGCACUGGCAACUCCACGUGGGUCAACUACUCUAUACAGGAACCCACCGACUGCUCCUGCCAGUGGUCUUAGUGGCCACAAAGAGACACACACAUGACCGUAUGCACACAUGAACACAAAUUACGUAUACACGCACACACACACACACACUGCAGAGACACUACUAUUGUAUGUCAGAGGGACAAGAGAAGGUUGGGUAUAGCAGAGCAUGGUUGAGUGGGUUUGGGGCUUUGGGCAGUUGAAGGUGGGUAGGGAUGUGUAUGAACACAGCACAUGAUGGCAACUAUACAGGCUGAGAGGAGGAGGAYGCUAUGUGAAUGGCUGUCAUCCUACCUAACCAAAAGGCACCGUUACACUUCAUGUUGUUGUUUUUUGUUUCUCUUUAUUUAAACUCUGCAUUUCUAUCUCUGAGAGUCAGUCUAGAUGUCAGGUAACUUUGUGUAUCCAGAGCUGUAGGGUCAGUGUCCCGGUUGGAAAUGGUGUUAUUUCACAGUUUGUUAUCUUCAUAUACCUCAUUGGUAGCUCUUUCAGAGGCGUGGUCAAGUCACAAAAAGCCACAACAAUUUGAAACAUAAUUUGAGUAUGUUUUCAUUGACAUUAAGAAUACACAGCUUUAGUACUGUAGCUAAAUUCAACUCCAAAGUGUAUUGUACUACACAUACACUACCAUUCAAACGUUUGGGGUCACUUAGAAAUGU